AUGGAGACCGCGGAGGAGCCGAUGACGCCUUUUGGCACUUUCACUGCACAGAGCAACAAGCUCCAGAGGCAAUACCAAGCACUCCUCGAUCAAUCGACGCCCUAUGUUACGUACCGAUGGGUUGGCACCAGCGUGGCCCUGCUCCUCUUCUUCCUCCGGGUGUUCGUGGCGCAAGGCUGGUACAUUGUCGCCUACGCCCUCGGCAUCUACCUUCUCAACCUCUUUCUCGCCUUCCUGACGCCCAAGUUCGACCCCUCGAGCGACGCCCUCGACAACGAGAUGGAGGACGGCUCUGACGAGGAGUUCAGACCCUUCAUCCGCCGCCUUCCCGAGUUCAAGUUCUGGCACUCGGCCACCCGCGCCGUCGCCAUUUCCUUCGUCUGCAGCUGGUUCGAGAUCUUCAACAUCCCCGUGUUCUGGCCCGUGCUGGUUAUGUACUGGCUCAUGCUCUUUAUCCUUACCAUGCGCAAGCAAAUCCAGCACAUGAUCAAGUACCGUUACGUCCCCUUUACCAUCGGCAAGGCGCGGUACAACAAGAACAGCAACUAA